ACGGAGGGGCGGAGGCUCCGCUGUGAUUGAUGUGAGUGAGGUCACGCAUCCUUCUUCUCUUGGUUCCUCUUCUCCUCCCUCCCUUUCCCUGUGUGUGAGCUCAGCUGGGAUCUCUGCGCUCCGGCCAUGUCGUCGCUGCCCAAAGGCAAGUCCGCCAUCGGAUCCGUUAAAUUCGAGGCCAAAGGGAAAUCCUCAGCAGCAGGCUCCUCCUCCUCGUCCAGGGCCACCAAGCGAAUAACCACCACCAGAGGGAAGGCCGAGAAGAAGGUCUACUCCCUGCCCGGCCAGAAGUUCGAUCCUCCAGAGGAGAGAGAGCCUCUCAGGAUAUUCUACGAUUCAUUGUCCAAGCAGAUUCCCUCCAGUGAGAUGGCUGAAUUCUGGUUAAUGGAGCAUGGUUUGUUAUCUCCAGAGAGAGCAAAGAAAGCAUAUGAAAGAAAGCAAAAGCGGCAACAGCAAGUACGAAUGGGUACCCCAAUUAAGUCUACUGUAAGAAAAGAUAAACCUGAAAGUUCAAAGAAACCAAUUACAUCUAGUAUGGAUUCAAAGGCAAAGAAAAGAGUUGAUUACAGUAAUGACGAUGAUGACUUUAUUGUAAAAAUGAAGAGGCCCAAGGGAUGACAUACAAGAUGGGUCUGCUUACCUUUUAGAUACGAGAAUGAGGUUACUGAUGCCUUCAUUCCUACAAGAAACAAUGCUCAAGAAAUUCGCCUGCACAAUCCAUGAUGAUGAUGAUGAUUAGAACCAUGAGCUGAUGAUAUUUUGUAUUUAUCGUCUACUUUUAUCUAUCGAAAAAAAUAGACAUUCUUUAGGAUGGUCAAAUAAAUGUCGAUUUGGCAGCAUACUGUAUGUGUUUUAGGAGCAUGCACUUUUCUGAAGCUCAAAACAAAUCAGAUAGGUUUGUAUUCAGCAACUGUACUUGUGUCAUGAAUAGAUAAGGUUGGAAAGUUUAUAUUCUUGCA